AGGUACCGAAGAUAAGAAACGAGACAUGUCACACUGUCCUUUUAUUUCAUAUUUCACAAUCACUGAGCACCAGGUGAUAUAGCAUUUGGGUCUCGCAUAUGCGUAAAGAAACCGGAAAUGAUCCUGGUUUUUCCAUGGUAAACGGCGUGAACGAGCUGUCUUCAUUCAUUCACCAUCUUCGAGGCAGAUCGAGUUUCCCAUUUAUAAAGGACUCAUUUUCCUCUGGUUGUCACACAGCAUCACGACCGUUUAACACGACAUGGAUUUUGACUUGGCUUCCGCUGUAGAUGGUGAGGUAAAAAAGCAAGAUGCCUCUGGCCAAGAACAGAACUCCCUCUUUGGUUUAGGGAAGAAGAAGGACAAGGACCACGACAAGUCUAAAGGUCACAAGAAGGACCACGACAAGUCCAAAGAUCAGAAGAAGGACCACGAUAAGUCUAAAGACCACAAGGCGUCCAGUGAAAAGAAGGACAAAGAGCAUAAGAAAGACAAGGGGCACAAGGAGCACAAGGACAAAGAGCAUAAGAAGAAAGACAAGAAGCACAAAGAGCACAAGGAGGGGUCAGAUUCCUCUUCCUCAUCCAGCAGCAGUGAGGAUGAACAGAAGAAGAAGCAUCACUGAUUUGGUUGUCUGGAAGAGCUCCUUGUGCCAGUUUAGCUGUUAUGUCAGUGUUCCUUUCUCCAGCAUUAGUGCAUCAUAUUUACUGUGCAACUGAGCAACAUUAACAUGUUAUUGCAUUUUUUUCAUUUUAAAAUUGAAAAUUAAAACAAGUAAGAAAUAGUGAAUAACAGACUUUUGUUUAUUUGUAUUAUCCCAAUGAAUAAUGUUGUCCAGAAGGGGGAGGUGUUUGCCAUUGAAUAAAUAUACCACCACUGAUUUUAA